AAAGCAUGUAAUUUGUGGAAAAAAAAAUCAACUGUGAGGACACACUUACAUAGCAGUUUUGUUAUUACCAAACCGAAUAGCAAUUUCAAAUACCCCCCUUGAAAGAUGCUUCCGAAAAAUAAGCUGUCUGAUAUAUGCACGGCCAUUACGCUGGAAAAGGCCAAAGAAAACUUAACGAAUGAAUACAAACUGGGAAAUGAAAAAAAUCGAAGCAAAGAGAAGCAUACACAGUUGCUGGAUGAAGAAAAGGGAGGGGAAAUCUCCCCCCGAGACGAAAACAGCGACGAGGAGGAAAUCCGGAAAUGGAGGGAGAAGCGACUUACGCAACUUAAAAAAAAACAGGAGUUGAAGAAAGACGGCGUUUACCUCGAAAUAAGUGAAAAGGACUUCAUACCCACCGUCCUUAAAAACAGCAACGUGGUUUGCCACUUUUACGACAACUCGUUCAAGCGCUGCGACAUUUUACACGUCCAUUUGAUCAAGCUGGCCAACAUACACCUUGCCACGAAAUUUAUCAAAGUGGAAGCCAAAAAUUGUCUAUUUUUUAUGAACAAAUUAAACAUAAAAAUUUUGCCCAGCUUAUGUUUAUUCAUCGACGGAGUUCUCAUAAAAACCUGCGUUGGAUUUGAAGACUUUGGAAAUAAGGACUCGUUCAAAACGAAAGACCUGGAGGAGUACUUGUUCAGGAAGAAGCUCAUCACCAAUAUGGAAUACAGCGACGGCGAUGAAGAAGAAGCUUAAAAUGGUUACUUCAGUUCCAGGGAGGUGGGUUGCCAAGGCAGCCAGGACAGUGCUCCCCCCCCCCCAACCGUUGUACAAACAAGACGCGAUCAGAUAGGACCCACCAAUGCAAGCCUUUCUUCUCCUCUGUCCGUUUUACCUCCCCACCCAGAGAUCUACUUCUUU